UAUAUAAGACGAAUCUGCUGCCAUUAGGUUUUUUCGUUCUGCCGCUGCACCUCCAAAGCACUGUAUCUGUUGCAGAGAUUGACGCAAAAAUGGCUCCCAAAAAAAGCGUCAAAGCUCCACUCGUAGGGAAGAAGAAGCCGGAGAAAGUUGUGAACCCGCUAUUUGAGAAGCGGCCGAAGCAGUUCGGCAUCGGAGGAGCAUUGCCGCCGAAGAGAGAUCUGACGAGGUUCGUGAAAUGGCCCAAAACCGUACAAAUUCAGAGGAAGAGAAGGAUUCUCAAGCAGAGGCUCAAGGUUCCACCAGCUCUGAACCAGUUCACCAAGACACUCGACAAGAACCUCGCAACCAGCCUGUUUAAGAUGCUUCUCAAGUACAGACCCGAGGACAAAGCCGAGAAGAAAGAGCGUCUCCUCAAGAGAGCUCAGGCUGAAGCUGAGGGUAAGACUGCUGAAGCUAAGAAGCCUAUUGUGGUGAAAUAUGGUCUCAACCAUGUGACCUACCUCAUUGAGCAGAACAAGGCCCAGCUGGUCAUUAUUGCUCAUGAUGUUGACCCGAUAGAGUUGGUUGUUUGGCUUCCGGCAUUGUGCAGGAAGAUGGAAAUUCCAUACUGCAUCGUGAAGGGAAAGUCACGCCUGGGAUCGAUCGUCCAUAAGAAAACUGCUUCAGUCCUUUGCUUGACAACAGUCAAGAACGAGGAUAAAUUGGAGUUCAGCAAGAUCUUAGAGGCUAUCAAGGCCAACUUCAACGACAAAUACGAUGAAUACCGCAAGAAGUGGGGCGGUGGCAUCAUGGGUUCCAAGUCCCAGGCAAAAACCAGGGCAAAAGAGAAGCUCCUUGCUAAAGAAGCUGCUCAAAGGAUGUCAUAAAUUUUACCUAUUUAUUAAUAUCCCUCCGGUGUUUGAACUUGAAAGUUUUGUUGCAGAUUCUCUUUUUUUUUUUUUUUAAAGAAAAAGAACAGAGUUAGUUAUUUUGAGUGAGACUCGUAAGACGAAUAUUCAUUUCAAUUUUACAAUUUUGAAUCUUUUGUUAUCGAUACAUGAUUCAUCAA